GAGAGAGAGAGAGAGAGAGAGAGAGAGAGAGAGAGAGAGAGGGAGGACCUCCGGACUGGUUGAUCACACUGGGAUGUUGUUGCUGCUCUUGUCAGUGAUGUGAAGCGACAUUAAGGAGCUGAUGAAAGGACUCCUGCUUGCGCGUGGACACAUAUUUCUACAUUUUUUGCAGUUACGUAUGUAGCAGCCCUGUGCGGUAGAGACCAGUUGAAGUGGGCUUCCUGCCUGUUGAGAUGUGCCAAUAGGAAACACUGUGAACAGGGGGUUCAUGCUGAUGAAAUUGAUCUGCUCAGUGAGCUCCAACCAGAGCCAUGGGGAGUACCCGGACUGCCGGGGUGAGAGGGAGUCGGGAGGGGAGGUGUCUCUCCUGGUCUCUCCGCUGGUGGUGGCGGGGAUCGUUAUAGGUCUGGUCCUCUUCCUCUCCUGCAUCACCAUCAUCGUCGGCAGCCUGCGCAAAGACAGUCGACUCCGAAACCCGCACCUCCGAGCGAGCUACGGUCUGGAUGGUUUUUCCUAUGGAGGCUCAGUAGGAGAACUGAGAUCUACCUGCUUAGAAGACUUUCCUCCUGGUUUAGACUUUGAUUCAUACAGAGAGACUCUGUCACAAGUCAACAACCUGUACCCCGACUCACCGCCACGGUACGAUGAGUGUGUUGGCCCAGGUUCGCCUCAGAUCUACAUACCUUCAGAUGACCCGCCUCCUUACUCCCUAUUGGACCCCUGUCAGAGAGGGGCGGAGCAGGAGGAGCAGCCGGACUACACCGGUCAGGAUCCCUCUCCGUACUACGGAGAGGCCUCGGCCGGUGCUGCCUGGUUCUCCCCCUCCCACUACCCGCUGGGACUACGGGAGCACCAGCACAUCGCCUCCAUCUCCUUCCCGCUGGAGGCGGCGCCGCCGUACGAGUUGGUGCUGGCCGAGCAGGGACAGCGCCUCCCUCUCGGGCCGUGUGACCUUUACAAACACCCAUCGGAGAGGGGGGACGAUGGCAACUCCCAGCAGCCGGGGGCGAACCAGAUCUUGUAGGACAAUUAAUUAGUUUCUUUCACCUGCGCUGCUGGUUGUCCCCGGUUGAAGUAAACAAAAAACACUUGUGAUGUGGGGCACAAAAUGGCUGUCAGGAGCAGAUGUGACACCAAACUGUGGACACUAAUGAGAUGUCACACACACAGAUGCUGACACCUAAUAAAGCUGAAAAUGAGUCUGCUCCUCGGUGGACUGAAACGAAGCCGGGACUCCAGUUUCUCACUAGUUUUCGUUGUGCUGUUUCUGAAAUGACGGCUUCUCUUACACAAAAAGGUUUGUGUCGUCCCAGUGAUGCUUCCUCGGACUGAAGACUCCCGUCCAUCCCAUAAGAACCCCAUCGUCUCGUUACAUUGUCUGCCAUGUUCUGACUGUUCAUCUCUCUUUGUUGGAUGAUGACAGAUCACGAAGAGUCGUGUUUGGUGUUCAGGCCGCUACGAUGCUAACAUCUAUUCAUCGACGAUGACUGGAGAAGAAAGACUGGAACGAUAUCAAUGUGGUUCUUAGUAGAGUAGUUCAAGCACUCGGAGUACUCCCCUCCUCCCCCUCUCCCAUUUCUUUGGGUCUGGUCCUCACCCGUCAGUCUAUUUAAACGAUGUUUUGGAUGAGAGUGUAAUCACCACAACACCACUGAUCUCCAGUCUGUGUCGUGUGUAAACAGUUAGAGCAGUGUGCUGUAGCUUCCAGUGUGGUGGUACAUGAGAGUGACUUUGUGGUGAUAAAAAACCAAUUAGGAAACUACCUGUACAGGAAGAGAAGGCGCUCUGAUGAUGAUAUGGAAGUCAUUGUCACCAGAGAGGGAACUAGUCCACUGUUGUACAAAUUUGCCAUGACUCUUUCUAUCAAGGGCUUUGGUUUUUAACAUGUAUAUAAAUAUAAAUAUUCUGUAACCGGACCCUAGCAGCAAAAUGUAGCUCGGUCUCCUCCUCCUCUUCCUCCUCCUCCUCCUCUUCCUCCUCCUCCUCCUCCUCCUCCUCCUCCUGAGGUUGGGUUGAUGCAACAAAGUUACACAUUAAACUGUAGAUCUUAACCCUCUGUUUACUGGAGAGAUGGAUGCUUCUGACUUUUGUAUUUUUCUCUUCGUUUCGCGCUCAUGAAAGAAUUAACUUGUUUGUUUUUCUUAUUGCACUUCGUAACACGUGUAAGCAACACCUGGAUCUGGAUUACAUAACUUAUUAGAUUGCUAAUUAAGGAAAGAGACUAAUGUAAACGCUCACUUUACCAGAUUCAUGUGUGGAUUGAAAGAUGUUGACAGAGCAACAGGAAUAAUAAUGUAUACUGCUAUUUUCAAUAUUGAUUCAUCUUCCAAUUAUUAAUAGAUUACAU